UGGAUUGUGAGGCUGGUCCUUGAAGCUUAUCUCUCUACAGGAAAGGAGUUGCUCGGAAAGAUUUUUUAUUUUUUUUUUACUUCCGCUACACUAUACAGAACAAAUGCGCUGUAUAAAUUUGAUGUAGUUCAUUUUGUCUUUUACAGAUUCUGGAAAACUAAAAUGAAGGACGGAAAGUAUGUCGUUCUUGCUGCAUUAUGCACCUUGACUCUCUGCAUCAAGGUGGCUGCACAAAUCCCCCUGGACAUGGCCCCAGAUGCCGUAGACGACAUGUAUGAAGGAUGUGCUAAAGACGCUCUGAACAAGUUUGUGCUCUCAGAUUUUCUACAAGUAGAACUCAACAAUAGUAAAAGUUUCCGGGAAGCAUGGCUCCAGGCCGAGUCCUCCGACUGCACAAAGCUGAUCCCAGGAGGACUGAAGCAACAUACCACUGCACUGAGAACUAUUAUCGAAGAUGACCAUUAUUUACUGAGCCUGAACUAUGAAGUGUACGAGUAUGGAACAAAUGUCACAACCUAUGAAGAUUUUAACUAUAAAUCUCUACAUUUUCUCUUGAUGGACUCCAUUAAACACCUUGACAGUGGUCUGGCAAAUUGUAAGACAGUGUAUUCUUUCUCAGACCUAGACUUCAUCGCUCAGAAUGGUUCCACCGUGAGACUUGGACGAUUUUGGAUUGGCUAUCCAAGUCUGGAGAGGAUCCUGAAAGAAAGAGACCUAAACAACGAAGUAAUUUUAAGCAUCACUACUUGCUUUUCCGCAGAUCUUGGAGAGAAUAUUUGCAAUGAGGAGUCAGUGACUCUCAUUUCUCCAGCUGAGGAGUUCACUGUGGAAGACGUCAGGGUUGUAAAAGAUCCAGACACAUUCACUUCGAUUGUUUUAAAACAUUCACAAAUGAAGAGCAUGCACAACUGCUACAUCUUCUCAAGGUGUGCUGACAGCUCCCCCCACUGGCUUUUCCUGGUACUUCUGACUCCAUCCUUUUUCAUCAUCAGUUGAAAUGAGACAGAUCAUUAGUCAAAACAUUUAAUUGAUUUUAUUCUUUGUAAUUACAACAUUUCUAUAACCAUUUUAUAAUUCUCGAAGUUUGUGACUGAUUGUAGUUAUAUUAUCACCUCAGCAACAAAUGUACAUUUAAUAAAAAAAUAUGACCAACAUGA